AUGUCCGCACCGCUCCACAUUCCUCCCGAGCAGCGCUACGCAGCGGCCGAUGCCAAGUACGCCUCUACGCUAUCCACGCUAUCGGAAAAGCAAAAGAUGCUAGCCGGCUUGCCCUACGAUCCCUCGGAUGCCGAUUUGCGCAAAGCCAUCUAUCGCGUGCGCAAGCUCUUCAGAACGUUCAACUCGAGCGAAGGCAGGGAUGAGCAGGAUGGCAACCCCGCCAUGACGACGGAGAGGAGGCAACUGUUUGCGCAGAUCUUGGGAGUGCAGGAAGAGCAAAUGGCUAGCAAUGUUUACGUCGAGCCGCCCUUUUGGUGCGAUUAUGGAACGAAUAUCAAGCUUCAAGGCAACUUUUACUGCAACUUCAAUACGACGAUUCUGGAUUGCGCAGAGGUCAUCAUAGGCGAUGGAGUGCUGUUCGGUCCAAACGGAGGAAAUGUGACGAUCAUGGCGGGCGUCACCAUCGGCCGAGGCUGCACCAUAGGCGCAGGAAGCACAGUGACCAAAUCCAUUCCCGAUUGGUCCAUCGCACUGGGAAGCCCGGCAAAAGUGCUCAGAACGCUCUCGGAACAAGAGAGGGGGGAUGUCAACCAAAAGGCCAAUUGGGGGUGGGCAGAAAAGGCCGCUGCUAGUGCUGGCGAUGAUGCUGCCAAGAAGGAAAAGGAGAUCUGA